AUGAUCCGAAAACACAGAAUAAAUUUGACUGCUAUUUUUGAACCUAGAAUAAGUGGUGGGAAAGCUCAAAAGAUUAUUAAAAGAACAGGGUAUAACAGUUGUAUUGUGGAAGAAGCUCAAGGUUUCAUGGGAGGGAUCUGGGUUUUGUGGAACAAGGAGUUCUGUAAUGUUACGAUUUUGGAAAAGAACAUGCAAAUGGUUCAUUUGAAAGUUUGUUUCUCCGAUAAUGUUGCGUUCUUAUUCACAUUUAUUUACGCCAAUCCUAGAGAAGAGGUGAGAUGUAGCCUUUGGCAGGAUCUUCGUCGGAUUGCUGAUUCUAUGAAUGAGCCCUGGCUUAUCACCGGUGAUUUUAAUGAAAUUGCUUCCCCUUUUGAGAAACGUGGAGGUGCCCCGGUAGAUUUAUAUAAAUGUAACAGAUUUGCUUCCUUGCUUACAGAUCUGAAGAUGAUUGAUUUGAAUAGUUCCGGUUCGAGAUUUACUUGGCAUGGUCCUCGUUUCCUGAAUAUGGAUAGAGUUUUCAAACGGUUAGAUCGUGCUUGCAGUAACGAUUUAUGGAGGGUUACAUUUGAGGAGGGUCAUGUUAGAGCCCUUCCUAGGUUAAACAAUGACCAUAACCCCCUUCUUAUAUCCUUGUCUUCUUCAAAAGAUGAGUGGAAGGAUCGUCCUUUCCGUUUCCAUUCCUUUUGGCAGGACCAUAUCCUGUUCAAUCAAGUUUUAAAGGACAAUUGGCACGUGCAUGGGAACAUUACUGAUUAUUUGAAGGUUCUUACCCCUUGCAUUAAGGAGUGGAAUGAGAAGGUGUUUGGGAAUAUUAAGCAUAGGAAGAAUAAGUUGAUGAGAAGACUUGAAGGUAUUCAAAGAGCCAUUUCUGAGCACAAUAAAGAUUAUCUGGAGAAAGUGGAAUGCAAGAUCAAAGCUGAACUUGAGGAGGUCCUUGAUCAAGAGGAGUUAUUAUGGUAUGAAAAGUCUCGAACUCAGUGGAUUAAUCAAGGUGACAGAAACACGAGAUACUAUCAUACAAAAACUAUUGUCAGAAGGAAAAGAGGUAGAAUCGUGGAACUCAAGGAUGAUAAUGGAAGUUGGAUUCGUGAAGAGGAAGGCCUGGUUAAGAUGAUCCGCGAUUUUUAUAUUAAUCUUUUCAAAGAUGAAAGUUGUCAUCGUGAGUGGAUCAAUACUAGAUGGCCUAUUGUUCCGGAGGAAGUCAUGGAUAAAUUAAGGGUGAGUGUUACUAAGGAGGAAGUUAAAAAAGCUUUUUUCACAAUGAAAGGCUCAAAAGCCCCAGGGGAGGAUGGGUACAUAGCUGCUUUUUAUCAAAAGAACUGGAAUCUGGUAGGUGAUCAAGUCUGGAAUGCUUUCCUAGCUUAUUUGGAAAACCCGCAAACCAUUGCUGAUAUUAAUGGUACGAUUAUUACCCUUAUCCCAAAGGUUAAUAAGCCUACGUUGGUUUCUCAAUUCAGGCCAAUUUUCUUGUGCAAUGUGAUUUACAAAGGCAUGAGUAAAGUUAUAGUGGGUAGACUGAAGGAAGUAAUGGAAGCUUUGGUUUCUGAUAACUAA